CUGAGUGCUUCCCUUCCCUCCCCUUCCCUUCUCUUCUCUUGUGAUCCUUUCAUGAUACCUCGAUGCAACUAAUUUCCUCUGAACUUACCCCCGGCUCUCGAUUACGCAGGCCGUCAAGCCUGUAGAGAUGUGGAUAGCCCUUCUCUUCACCCUCUUCUUUACAGUUACACUUAUUUGGAUGUUGUAUCGCAUUUCUUGGCCUCUCAAGGCCCUCCGCAAGCGUCACAAGGAGAAGAAAUCUGCAACGAAGGGAAACAUUCCGCUAGCCCUCUCACCGGAUUCCGAUGUACAAGUCAAGACACAGGAUACGACUCUCGGCGGCCAAGAAGCCCAGCAACCCAGCGAUACUAGUCCUCCAGAAGCGGGCAGCACGAACGAAACGGAUAAUUCGACCCCAUCUUCUGGGGUCGGUAAGCCGUCAAUACGGUCUAAAAUCCUAAUGACGAUCAAGAAAAGUGUGAAAGGAAAGGGGAAGAGCAGUGUAGUGCCCUUGGAUCCUCGAUCUCCUCCCUUUCAACCCUUGACCUUUAACGCAGGCAUGAGGCCUUCAUGGUUAGACCCAGGAGAUGAUACAAGCGUGGCAGACAACAACUCUUACUCUGCCCGUCUACCGGGCAUGCCAGUUGAUGGAACCGCCGUCUCGGGCUCUUCAAAGCGAGAUAUGUGGCAAACCCCAUACUACCAUAAAAAUAACGAAAUGCCAACUCAAUGGGUGACACCUCAACCUUAUGAUCCUACUGCUGUUCGGGCAUAUCAACACACUCCGGAGGCGCUUGCAAAGGCGCUUGCUCCCGACCACAGCACCCCCCUGGACAGGCUUCGAAGGCCGUUACCAACACCCCUGUUCUCGCCGUAUGUACCUUCAACCUUGCUUAGACCUUCCGACAACGACCAACCAAGCGUUUCGAUAAUCCAGGAAUUUUCGUCUCCUAAUCCGUCAUGCCGAGAAGAGGAAGAAGUCCUUCGACGCUUCAUUAGGUUUGCGACGGGCCGUAGAUGUCCAAGAUGCAAGCGUGGCGUCGCAAUCGAAAGCAGCACCAUCUUCCAGCACGCAAGUGACAUUCUUGUAGAUCGAAAGUCCAUCGCCCUGGGCAGCCACUAUGCCAGAUGCUCUUGCGGAAUCUCAUACUGUUUCGGCUGCUCCCGAAUCGGGGACAAUUUGAGGACGCCAUUCGCAAGUUCCAAGUCAACCAAAUGGUGCUGCCUCCCGGGUCGACUCUUCCACAUCUUUGCCCUCCUCUGCGGUCCGAUCGCCCACACUGCGAACCCACAGGUCUCCAUCCUCCAAGACUCCCAAGUGGACUUGAUCGAGAAGCCCCUCGAAGCUGAAAAAAAGCCCGGGUCGAGGUUAAAGAGCUUCUUCAAGACCAGCGAUGACCAAGGUACAUCGAAAGGAACGGGCUAUGCGACGGGUAAGAUCGACGGAAAGAAAGAGAAGCCCAAUGUGCUUGCCUAUAUUCGCCGCGAGGACCUCGAAAAUAGUAUGGAUCGGCUCCCCAGGCUUCUUGCCGCGCUGUCAAUAGCAUGGCCUUCAACUUCCAUGUCCUCUCCGUUUGAUCGGAAUCCUCCCCCUUUGUUGAUGGUCAUGGCUCGCCGAAGCCCGCUGAUGGUCAGGAUGGCAGAGCUUCUCCGAGACGACAGCAUGCAAGAGAUCAUGCGACAAGGAAUUCCGUACCACGCCCUCUUCGGCUUCCUCCAUGUGCUCUCAGCGCACCCUGCCACGGCCCCGCUGGUCUGUGAUGUUCGAAUCAGCUACCCCCUCGCCCGCACUUUACUCCCGGUCUGCUUCGGAUAUGGCCCUCUCACUAUGCCAGACAAGCCGUCGAGCUCCAGUAACCAUGGGAAGGGGAAGGGAAAAGCGGUGGAGCUUGGCGAGAAGCAGGAACAGCCUCAAGAGACGCUCAAGUCCUUAGUGAGUCUACUUUUUGCCUUGAGAGUUCAGGCGGAAUCGGUGAAGCGACUCUACAAACCCACUCCCGGGGGUCUUUCCCAGACGAUAGUCAUGUGCGAUCGUAUCUGCGAGAUCUCCCAGCAACUCGAAGGAGAUGACCCCAGGAAAGACAACAGGGAAGUGACUGUUGACGAAGGAAGUGCUCCUCCCUCCCUGACUUACUCACAAUCGACUGUUUCGUCAGUGGCAGAGCCACCCCCCGUUCCCGACGACAAGGAGGAGAAACUCACAGCCGCCCGACAAUGGCUCAGCGAGAACAAGGUACAGGAAAUGGAUUCCGAAAGAUGGCGAAGCGACUUCCAGAUUCCCAUCCCAGACUCCGAAACCACCGUCCCCCGCCGUAUGAAGAAGCUUGUGAUGGAACUCUCCAUGCUACGUACCACGCUCCCCGACGGCAUCUUUGUUCGGCACGAUGACACGCGGUUGGACGCUAUGAAGGUUCUCAUUGUCGGACCGGAAGGCACGCCGUAUGAGAAUGGUCUCUUCGAGUUUGAUCUGUUCUGCCCUCUCGAUUAUCCGGAGAGGCCACCCAAGAUGGUUUUUAGAACGACGCAUAGCCGUCGAAAGUUCAACCCUAACCUGUACUCAAAUGGCCAAGUCUGCUUCUCCCUCCUCGGCACCUGGACAGGCAGCGCCACCGAAAACUGGGAUCCCAAAAAGUCCACCCUCCUCCAGCUCCUCGUCUCCAUCCAAGCCAUGAUCUUCAGCCCGGACCCGGUCUGGAACGAACCCAACCAGACGUUCUCCCCGGCAGCCUCGCUGGUAUACAAGACGGAGAUGCGCGCCGACACCCUCGUCUACGCCAUGAGCCACUGGCUCCACCUGCACAGAAACGCCAACCCGGCUGCCGAGUAUAACCCGUGGUUCGAGGUCGUUGGCCGCCAUUUUGAGGUGAAUUGGCAACGGAUCCUCGAGACGGCUGAGAUAUGGGCAGCGGAGGACCCGGGAAGUCAGCGCGAGGCCGAGAAUGAGGUGGGCAUGAUUAUGAGAGAGAGACGCUCCAAGGAGAGAUUCCCCUGCGGGAUCCGGACGCUAAAGGGAUACUUUGCCGAGUGGGCUACUUCCGAGGAGGAGUUGGCUCUCGUGAGGCUUAGUCCCGAGGAAGAUGGCCCAAUCUAUGCGCCCGUGGGAGUGCCCUCGGAAAAUAGGUUAGAUUUAGGCUUUGACAUGUCUCCGCCCAUGUCUGACGCCGACGGCGACGACGAAUUUGAUGGAGAGAUGUAUCUACCACCGGCGAAUAGCAUAUCCAAUGUACCGCCACCAGUAUCUCACCCUCCGCCGGAGUUUCACCCUUUCCUACCUUAUAUUCCUUAACCUCCGUUCAAUAGUCGCGGCUUCGAUUCGUGUCUUCCAUGUUCGCGAAGUUGUUUGGUCGGGCAUAGAGAUAAUUUGGUGGCAACGAGGAGAGGCUGAGCGACGGUUGAAUUAUAAUCGUUACCAAGGUCAAGUUCGGAACCGGCCAGUAACGCAGGGGACUCAGUAGAGGAAACUGUCAAACGCAGGCUCUUUGUAGCCUUUAGUAUGUGUCGUAUUGAGCACUGUCAAAUAAUACAUUAUACCUUAUACUAGAUAUGUGAAGCAGGGUAGCGUGAAUCAAAGACCAGAU